AUGUCCCUCGACGACGUCCGAGAACGUAUCGUCUCCCAUGGCGCUGGACCUCAGCUCGAUGCCUUACCACCAGCAGGAUCCAUGACGUGGGUUCCAUAUUCAGUUGGAAACCCUACAUUUGGCCUGGCCAUUGCCCAUCCAGAAGGACGUCAAAUACUCGCCUAUCUGACUCGCUAUGGCGACAAACCGCGGGAAGUGCGCUAUUGUACCAAGAACUUUGACCGGCACGGCAACAAAUCUACGUUGAUUAUGACAAUAACACAAGAUGAAGUCAUGAAAGAAGACCUUGAUCCGCCUUUCAAAUACUUUGCCUUCAACACAAAACUCAUGAAGCGCAAGUUCAGCAUGCUUAUCCGCUGGUAUUUUCUGUCACACGGCCUGAUUGACACCAUCGAGGGCGGCGAUAUGGACGACUUUUGCAAAGUAUUUGCAUCUGCAAUAAGAAGUAUUGAAAACGAAAAGCGCCGCGAAACCCUGGAAGAAAGUCCGGAGCCCGAAGACGCAGACAGCACAUGUGACGUGCAUGAGGACAAACGCGAUCAUACAUCUAACGUGCUGACUAGCGCCGGAACUGAACCCCAGAGCCCUUUACUUCGGUCAUCAGUCCCACGGGGCGGAAAAGACAAUCCUGACCUGCGGCGCAUCCUGGAAUACUUAAAAUAUCACAAUGCGUUAUAUCUUUUGGACAACCUGCCAGAAGCGCAUGAAAUGCAGUUUGUCAGCCAAACAUCUCAACCGGACGGUCAACCCAAGAAGUUGUUUGUUGGAAGCGAGGCAAAAUCAGGACACGACAUCUACGCGUACAUGGUAGCGCUAGCGCGUGGGUUCCACGAAGUCCGAUUUUAUGUCGAAAAUCCCAACGAGGAAGAAGAAGAGCACAUGAAAAGCGAGAUAGUAGCCAAACAGCGCAUCCUACACCCUUUCAGCAAGUGCUACCCAAAGCCGCCCGGCAUCGUGGAGCAGUCGGAUCGAGCCAGACUAACGCUCAUGGUCAAAUUCUACUUCAUCGCCGCCGGCAUCGCUACCGACUGCGUGCUCCGGGAAACGAAAAAGUACCCCGAGCGUCUGCGCGUCGCACUAGAUUACAUUGCCGACCGCAUGGGCCCCGCGGCCGUCAAGCCCCCCAGCAGCCACACGGCCAUGACCGACACAACCAUCCCAAGCGAGCCACCCGCAAGACACAGAUUAUCCAGCGAGAGCUCCUACAUCGACGAAAGCGACAUCCAAUCCACACUAGCCUGCGAGCCGCCCCGCGCAUUCCCCAUCCACACGUCCAUCGGCAGCAGUAGCGCACAGAAACCACCCAUGUCCUCCUCGCACCUCCCGUCCCUCCCUACCUCCUCACCCCGCCCCGCCCACACAUCCAUCCCGCCACCCGACCCCGCCCCAUCCACCGACGCAGACAUCAUCACCACCACCACCACCACCAACCCGGCAUCCCACGGCAUCAAGCGGUCGACCGAAGACGCCGAAUUCGAAGACCUCGCCCGCAUGGUGAUGAAGGAGCAAACCCUCACCAAGGAAAUCAACGCCCUCCAGCACGACCUCGACGUCCUCGAGGAACACAAGCGCGCCUGGCUCGAAAAAUGGGCAAAGGAAUUCGACGCCCUCACCGCCAAGAAAAAUGCCGUCGUCGACGAAAGAUCCCAGGUUCGCAAGCUGUUCAAGAGGCAGCGCUUGAGUUCCACUGAUACAGAGUGA